AUGUCGAAACCAACCUAUUCGGAUGCCGAAUGGCGGCGGUUGGUGAAAAUGCAGGAAGAGAUUGCCGAGGCACGCCGUCAAGCCUUGAUUGCGAGUCAAGAGGCCAUGGCCAAGGUCAUGCGUCUUGAGCGCCAUGAGGCCCUUCUUCGGAGCCGUGCCGGUGAUUUUAUUGCUCGUGAUUAUAAGGAAAUUGCUGAGCUGGAAGAGCUCGAGCGUCGCGAAAAGGAAGAGUUCGAGCGCCUCGAGCGAGAGCGCCUGGAAGAGCGCCCGUGCCGCGACCGGUGUUUCUCGAUCUGCUGGGGCAGCUAA